GGAACGCGGCCGAAGGUUCCGCCCGCGAGGUGGGGGUAGGAGUGCGAGGGGAGCGUUACCCGGGGACACUCGGCCCGGGAUGGCGGCCGGCCCGGCAAACGGAGGCUGGGAAACGGUCGGCAAGCGGAGAGCGAAGCGGAGAGAGGCCGGUGGGCGGACGGCAGAGCGGCCGAGCGUGUGUGAGGGGGACAAGGUCCGGCACAGGCUGCAGGAGACGGUAGAGGAGUUGCGGAGUUCAGAAUUCUGGGCCAUUUGCCGUGAAUCAGUCCAGAGAGCGGUAAACAAAUACCGCACCACUCCAAAGGCACCAGCGUCAAGUUGCUCACCGGAUGUUGGAGCUGCCAAAGUCCUGGAGGAUCAGAAGGAUGAUAUAGAUCUUUGUCAAACCACUCUCGAUUUAGUAUGUUAUGGGAUUGGAAACUUUUCCGAUUCGGUUGCAUCUCGCUAUCAGUUGGCCCUGCUCUUUCUGCUGCUCGAGACUCUACAGAUCCCUCAAGUGAGCUGCCUUCUCUUUGAUCCGUUGUUUACAGAAUGGGAGAAGAGUUUCCUGAAGGACUGUGGGAUGGUGGUGAUCACAGAAAAUGAGGAAGGAAAGCGGCCCAUCAACCGACCGACCCUCUUCUAUAUGGUUCAUUGUGGAAAGGCUCUCUAUAACAACCUUCUGUGGAGAAACUGGUCACCACAGCAACUUGCCCAAACCAUUCUUAUUGGAAACAGUUUUAAAGGGAUAGAGGAGAGGUCGCCAGCAAGGAUACUACAGAGAGACUACACGUACAUCAGUUCUAUAUUGGCAGUGACCGAAGAGGCAGCAUUCCCUGACAGCAAUAGAUAUCUGGAUGUAUUUAAUGAUACCUCCAUUCAUCAGUUUCCUAGAGAAAAACUGGAUGCAAAGCCCAAAGAGUUCUGGGAGGGUGCAGCCGAACCAAUGUACCAGCAGUGUGAGGACUUGGAAAUAAUCCAGAACGGCUGAGAAUGUUUUUCAUUGUCAGAGUUGGGAGAAAAAUCCAGGUGAAAUGCACUGCAUUAUCCAAAGAAAUGGGAUUAAAAAAGGCUAUCAAGUGCUAUCAAAGAAUUUCAGAAUGUAAAUAUUGCACAACCUGACCUCUGAUCAGCAAGUGAGAGUGGAUUCCCUCUCUGUGGGAAGGAGAGGUUUUAACAAAAAAAUGACUGGCAAAAUUCGCUGCUCUAAAUUUAACUGGUAAACCUCUGCUGUUGUGGCCGGGACCAAAUCAGUUUGCAACGAUUUCACAAGCUUUGGAAUGCAAGUGCCUGUGUGGUGAGAAACCCUUGGAUGCCAUCAACCAAAGUCACUCUCUUCUGCCCAACCUUUUCCCUUUUCAUUCAACUGCGUGCACUGAAUAAUCCCCCAACACUGUUUUUACCCAAUUGCCAGUGGUUGGUGCAUCUUUUGAUGCUUCGUGUCUGUUGAUAGUGAGUAGAAAGACAAUGUUAAUGUCUGUAUUUUUAUUACUGAAAUAACAGAUCACAGUAUUACAACAUUUGUAAAAACUAAAUUAUUCCAUAACAAAAAGAUAUUCCUCACAAUUUAACGAUGCUUACAGAUGAUUCAUGAAUAAAAGCAAGAAUAAAACUGCAAAUGGCAAUUCUGAUUUGAUGCACACAUUUGAAUACUAGAAUAAAGCAGCACGAAAGGUGAAUUAAAAAUGGUAAACAUCUGCCUUGGACCUAAUGUAUUUUCCCCAGACGCCAGUAGUCUAUGUUCAUUCUGAACUUAUGGACGCAUGAACGCAAAUGGCAAGCUAAACUUGAAUAGACAAAAGAUUUAGACAGUUGGAUGGAUGUAUCUGCAACAGGUAAUUGUGAUCAUGCUGCAGAGUCCAUCAGCGGAGAAGCACGUUUCCCACCUGGAGUUACAAAAACUAUCAGCGAUAAUGUGAAAAUUGAAAACUUUCAUAAUCGCACUUCAAAAUAUUUUAUUAAAAACGGGGGAAAUUCCGUGUUUAACCUCGAGGAGAAUGUGGCCAUUCUCCACAUCUGUUAGCUGCUCGAUGAGUUUGGUUUAGCACCCUGUAUUAACAUGAUGUGAAUGAAUCAAUAAAUAUACCACACACUGUU